UUCACCUUCUCAAUGCGAUCGCUUAGCAAUCGCGAGAAAGGAGAUCGGCUACGCGCGGAGAAUGGCCCAAGCACAAGCUUAUGCCGGAUGGGUCUACCAUGUUGGAAUCAAUUCCAAGGACCUCCAGUACUGUCACGCUCGAUACCUGGUGAUCAAAGGGAGAUGCGUGGAUAUGUAUAAGCGAGAUCCACAGGAAGAGCCUGGCCUGCAACCGAUGAAGAAGGGGAUUGUUAGACACAACUUGAUGGUCGCGGAGAUUGGCCGCCAGAUCGUCUACGGCAGGGUACUUUAUGGAAUGAAGAUCCACAGUAAACGAGAUCACAGCAAGCAUGUACAGUUUGCGUGCUCCAGUGCCGAAGAGAUAGAGAAAUGGAUGUCCGCGUUUCGCCAUGCGAAAGACGAGGCCGAACUUGAAGCUAGAAAAACAUCAGCCCGCGCUCCCUCGCUCACUGAGGAGGAGAGUAAACAGACUUUGCCCCGGAUGCGAUCAAAGUCGCGGUUGAGCAGACUUAUUACCAUUGGAAAAGGGCCUGAAAUGCUCAUGAGGGCACGAACAUCGAUGAUUCAGGAAGCUGACACUGACGAUUAUUUCAACAAGCGUGACGGUGAUGCCGUUGAACAAGCAGACUGGAGGUGCUUCCAAACUCAAAAUGGCUUGCGCAUGUUUGAGGACGUGGCUGCUCUUCAAGCUGAUAGAGGCACGAUCAUGAAAUCCGUCGGCGUGGUUGAUGCGUCGCCGGAUGCAGUUUUUGAGAUUGUAAUGAGCCUAGACAAGUCGCAAAGACAUCAGUGGGAUGUUCUAACCGGAGACUUGGAGCUUGUUGAGCACAUCGACGGGCAUGCUGACAUAGUCUACGGGACUUUCGAUCCAAAAUAUUUCGAGAAUUGGAGCUGGUAUAGAAAAUACAAAAGACGGGACUUUCUGAUUUCGCGUUAUUGGCGCCGUGAUCAAGAUGGCUCUUAUUCUAUCACGCAAAUUAGCACUCUUCACAGAAAUCGACCGAAAAGGCCUGGAUUACGUCGUGUUGUUUUAAACUCUGGUAUUUGGGAGAUAAACCCGUUGCCGACAAGGUCAGGAGCCACGGGAUCUCGAUCUUUAGUAACACAGGUUAUGGAGAUUGAAUCCACAGGAUGGGGGAGGUGGAGAAAAAGCUGGGGCAAAUGGAAAAAGAGUGACUACUCCUCUUUUCGGAAAACCGUGCCGUAUAUAUUGCUUUGUCGCACAGCAGGCUUGAGGGAGUUUUUCAAGGCUGAAGCGGAGCUGAGCUUGUUAGAAGAUCGAAUUUCUGUUUUGAAUGUUCCAAAGGAAGCGGCCAAGCCUUUAGAAACUGCUGCAGACACGGAAGUUACCGAAGAUUUCAUUGAUGCGAUUGUUUCCGAGGAUCCAGAUGCCGGUGAUGACACCGAAGGGCUGAUUAGCAAUAUCCCGUUUCAGAGAGGGAGCCAUAGACUUAGCAGAGCCCCAUGGAGCGCAAUGCUGGCACUUGCUGCAGCGCAACUGGAAAAUCCACUGCUGGCCGACGAGCCACGAAUCAACCUGGAUGUAAACGCAUUCAAAGGCUCACUAGAACCUGCGUCUCCGUCCAAGGAUUGUAACUGUUGGGAGGACCCCGGUGGAAAAGGUUUUAUGGUCCGGGGUAGAACAUAUACGAGAGAUAAUCUGAAGAUUCCUGGGGGAGAGCCAGUCUUGAAGCUUCUAGCCGUCGACUGGUACAAAUCCGCUCACAGAAUUGACUUGGUUGCGAGGCAUCCACAAAGUAUCGUCCGGACAGAAGCAGGCAAAAAACUUCCAUUUGUUUUGAUCGUCAACCUGCAGGUACCCGCGAAGCCAAACUACAGCUUGGUCUUUUACUACGCAGCAGAUCGCUCGCUUAGGCCAAGCUCACUGCUUGAGAAGUUUGCGAAUGGGGAUGACUCGUUUAGAAACUCGCGGUUCAAGCUCAUUCCAAGCAUCGUGGAGGGAUAUUGGGUCGUAAGACGAGCUGUUGGCACCAAGGCGUGCCUUUUAGGAAGAGCAGUAGCUUGCCAUUACCAUAGGAAGGACAAUUACUUGGAGGUUGAUGUGGAUAUAGGAUCCUCUUCCGUGGCACGAGGAGUUAUCGGGCUAGUGCUGGGAUAUGUCACCAAAAUAGUUGUCGAUCUUGCGAUUGUUGUUGAGGCCAAAGAGGACGACGAGCUGCCAGAAUACAUACUGGGCACAACUCGAGUAAAUAGAAUCAGCCCAGAAUCUGCCGUGCCUUUUCAACUCGGUUGAUUUUCUUUUUUACCUUUCCAUUUUACCCUUUUCAUUCUUUUGUAAAUAUCAGACAUAGCAUGCACAAUGGGAGACACAAAAUUAAUGUGA